AUUAGAAGAUUCCAUUCUUCAAUCUAACCAUCCUAUUCGAUCUCCUGGAUUCCAUGGAUUCUAACAGCAAGAUCCAAGACCCAUCAAAGAAUCCACUUUUGAGGCAAUCAAGCAUUUCCCAGAAUUCCAAUCCCAACAUUUUGAAAAACCCUGAACUGAAAUCUCCCAUAUCACCGACACCAAAAUCAGCUGGAUCCAAGAACCCUAAUCAGAUCACCUCUCCGUCUUCACAGAUUAAGACUAAAGAGAGAAAGUUCGUGUUGGUCAAAAGGAAGUCGAACAAAGAUAUAGCUAAUCACUCUACUGUCGCCUGCCAGUGCAAGGACAAGGUAAGAGACAAAUCGAAUAGAUGCGUCUGCAUUGCUUAUGAGAGUCUUAGAAUUUCUCAUGAAGAGUUUUUUAAGAACCAAACAGACAGAGAUGAAAAUACACUGAAAGAAGAUGAUGGAUUGAGUGAAAUGGGCAUUAAAAGAAGCAGGGAAAAGGUCUUAAAAGAUGAUUCUAAGGAGGAGAAGUUGAUUUCAGAUUCAGGGUCAGGAAGAGUGAAGCUUUUGGUUAAAGCCUUUGAAAUGCUCAAUACAAAAUCAAACAACAUUGAUCAUAAACAAUCCGAUGAAGAUGAGAAAGAGAUGAACUGGGCAUCGCCUGAAGUUACAACAUCUUCAUUCUCACGUUCCGAUUUUCUGAUGACAUCUGAAUGUCUGGGUCUGGAUUCAUCUUCUUCUAUAGAUAGAAGCCAAGGAAGUUUCAGGGUAUCAAGGAGCCAACGACGUAAAAGCUUAGAAUCAAGUGGUAGUAGUAAGUGGAAGAGAAAUCAGCAACAAAAACUUAAACCCACAUGCCAAAAACCCUUUAAUCUUAGAACAGAAGAAAGAGGAAGAAACAAAGAAGAAGAAUUAAUGAAGAAAGUAAAACAAGUAAAGGAAGAGGAGGAGAAGCUCAGGAUACCUAUUGCACAAGGGCUGCCAUGGACAACUGAGCAGCCUGAGUUGUUAGUGAAACCUCCUUCCAAAGAAAUCACAAUCCCAGUUGAUCUAAAACUGCACAGUGAUAUCAGAGCUGUUGAACGUGCUGAAUUCAACCAAUAUGUGGUGGAGAAGAUCAGCUUUAUUGAACAAUGUAAGAUGGAAAUAGAAAGGGAGCAAAAGUUAGCAGAAGAAGAAGAAAUAAGACGGCUUAGAAAGGAGCUUGUUCCAAAGGCACAACCAAUGCCUUAUUUUGAUAGACCCUUUGUUCCUAAAAGGUUAAUUUAUUGCACUUUUGUAGAAAUAAUUAAUAAAAGUUGUAGCUUUAAGGAAUCAUAUUCUUCUAAAUCAUAUACUGAUAAUCCUUGCAGGUCUGAGAAGCAACUGACCAUGCCCCACCCAUAG